UUUUGCUCCUCUCGAUGGGAGGAGCUGUGGCGGAGCGCCGCUUGAGGCCGCUAUGGGACGCCAUCGAAUCGCGGCAGUACAAAUCGGCGCUCAAGCUCGCAUCGGCGCUGCAGAGCAAGCAUCCCGACGCACCAUACGUUGUGGUUCUCAAGGCUUUGGUUCUGGAAAGAUUGGGCAAGCCCGACGAAGCUCUUGCCUUGUGUCGACAAGCCAAAGAUAUGCAGCCAGUCGAUGACAUGACUCUCAAGGCGUUGCAGCUUGUGUACCAUCGACUGGGUUUAUUGGAAGAAUCUACGCUUGCUUACGAGAAUGCUUGCUCCAAAGAUCCCGGAAACAUGGAGCUCUUGAUCAGCUUUUUCAACUGUCAUGUUCGCCAAUGCAAUUACGUGAAGCAGCAACAGGUAGCUAUGAAAAUAUACAAACACACCGGAGAGGAGAAGUAUCUGUUCUGGGCGGUUUGCAGCAUUUACCUGCAGGUUAGGCCCGGAAAUGCAGCGGAAAAGCAAUUACUGGCACUGGCCGAGGCAUUACUGAAGAAAAGAAUAGACGCAAACGGACUUCAUGACUUGGAGGGUCUUCGUCUUUACAUAUCUCUAUAUCUAGCCCAAAACAGAAUUGAAGACGCUCUGGCUCUUGUGAAAGGCGAAACGGGUGCGUUAUUUAACAUUCCAAUAGAACGCUUAAAACUCCAGGGUGAGCUCCUGAUGCAAAUGCAUAAAUACUCCGAUGCGGUUGAGACUUACAGGGAGAUCUUAAGCAUAAGCUCAGAUGACUGGACCGCUAUCAUGCAAUUUAUCAAUGCGUCCUUGGAGCUAACUGGAGAUUGCUCUACCGUGGACAAAGUUGCUUUGCAACUAUCGUCUUUGAGUCUUUCAGCUAAUGAGACGCUUGAGCGGCUUGGGAAAGUAACUGAUUUUGUUAGCAGUCUUCAACGUUUGGAAACAACCGAAUUAAGGAGAGGUCCAUUUCUUGCAAUGGUGGAAAUCGAGUUCAGAAGGCUACUGUAUGGUUCCGAAGGUUCAAAUGCUACAAUGGCGUUGGCUGCAAGCAUUUUAAAUUAUUUUCAACGUUUCGGACACCUGGCAGGUUUCUUCUCCGAUGUGAAACCUUAUCUGUUAGUCUUGGAUCCCCGCUCUCAGGAGUGGCUUGUCAAUCAGUUGGCUGAAGAUCUUGCAGCUUUAGCAGACACGGCCGGACCUAUUCAACUCCUUAGGAAAGAGAUUUCAGCAUGUCAAGUUCAAGAAUAUACAGGACACUUAGGAGGUGAUCAUUUGGAAGUUGUAAGGAGACUGGUGAGAUUGUAUAAGGACAACUUGAAGUAUUCCGUGAAUUUGGACCCUGAAGAAAACAUACUUGGCGAGGAGUUUCUCGUUAUGGCUGCUAGUCUGUUGGUCAAGCUGUUUCUUCAAACGAGGCAAUCUACCUAUUUCCUUGAAGCGGCCGCUGUACUUGAAUUUGGUCUGCACUUAAGGAGGUUCAACUCUCAUUUCAAGGUUAUGCUUGUUAGUCUGUAUUCGAGCAUCUUUGCGACUUCUCUUGCAGUUGAAUGGUUCCGGACUUUGGAUGUGAAGAACAUUCUUUUGGAGUCUGCUUCGCAUCAUAUAUUACCGCUAUUACUUGCAGCGCCACAUUCGUCUGCGUUGCUGAAUGAUACUGUCAAGUUUCAUGACGAUUCCCAGCAUGAAGUGGCAGAAAUGACCAUCAUGACAUAUAGACAUGGCAAUUACUCAAAGAUCGUGGAAUUUCUGGAGCUGAAGGAGCGACUUGAAAACUCUCAUCACUAUUUACUUGUACGAGUUGAGCUGUCAAUUUUUUCUCUGAAGGACAAAGUUGAAGAACUUGAUGCGCUAGAAGCUACUCUCGCGAAAUUGGAGAAUGGUAAUGAUCUACUGAAAUGGUCUUCGGAAAAUCGUCUUGCAACACUGUCGUUCAAUGAGGAUUGUGAAAGUCGUCCCUGGUGGUCACCGGUUCCAGAUCAAAAUUUUUUGGCAAGAAGUUCUCCCUGUUCGACGCAAGAAAUUGCCGCCAUCUUUCCAAGCUCAAAGGCGAAGGCACAAGUGACAGCAACUGAUCAUGAAAGAUGGCGAGCAUCCGUAAAACGAAGAAGCUUAGUACCACGGCUUUUGUAUCUAUCCCUGAACGCGUUGUCGUUUGAGAAAGAUCGCGAUGAGAGGCGCGAAGAGCUGCGACAACACCUCGAGUACUAUCUGAAGAGUUUGGACAGAAAUUGGAGCACGAUAGAUGACUUCAUCUCGGAAUGCAAGGUAGUGAGCGACCAUCCAGUUUAUAAGUUGAAGAUACCAAGGCAUCUCAUCCUCCUUCCGCAGGACGAGAAGCUGAACCUUGACGUGGAUGCUCAACUCUCCAUCUUGCUCUUCGUGCUAGGCUGGGAAUUGGCCUCAUGGUCGUCGUCAUCAGAAGAUAGAAUCGUUCACUUGAUGGCUCUCGUCGGCAAAACCUUGACAACAGGUGCUACCAAUCUACUGCAGUCGUGUGACGACACACUGGGUUUCGGAACAGGCAUGCCGGCAUUGGUGAAGGUGAUCACGGAACCGGUUUCCUGGCUUGCACUGUCGGCACAGGCAUGGACGAAAAAACUCCAGCCAUCCUCCAAGAAGAAGAGAAGAGGACAAAGCGAGACAAGCGAAGAUACAAGGAACCCAUCCAGGAUCAUAGAUGGUCUCCGGGGGCUCGUCGCCAGCACCACUUCAGCGAUUGAAAGGGUGGUCUUGUGGCUGACAAAACGAUCUGGAAGCCGAGAAGAGGACGAGGUGGAGGCGCUGCUAUUGCUGCUUAGAAGUGGGAGCGGCAGUGGAGUGGUGGAGCUGCUCGAGGGAUCGUCUCCAUUUGCGGCGUGGAAGGCCGAGGAUUUGGCUGCGAGGAUUGUGGCGAGCCAGCGUGAAGAAGUAUCAAGGCUGGGAGAAGUUUGCAAAUCUAGGCUCAAAAUUUUGGUGAAGCCCAAGUUUUAAGUGACCAUUAGAAAAACUGCCUAAAAUUUAUUUAAAAUGAUUCAAGUGUAAGAUAGCUUUCUAGAC